AUGGCGAAUCCCAACGAUCCCCCCCUCGACGAGAUCCAAUGGCGCUCUCCCCAGAUCGUAGCCCAGAUGGGUGGCCUCCACUCCAACACAAUCCUCUUCUACUUUGCCGAAUCGCCCUUCUUCGAGCGCACCUCCAACAACGCCGUCAUCAUGGCCCAGGCAAUGAACAACAUGGCCAUGUACCACUACAUCCAGACGCGCGAGGCCUUUGAAACACGUCUCAAGACAAUGUCGGGACUAGAAUUCAUCGUGGGUGAGGAGCCGGCCGAGACAGGCCCGGGCAUGGGAACCGGUGUCUGGGUCAUUCGGAAGCAGACGAGGCGGAAACGGUACCAGGACGAUGACGAGAUCACCGUCCACGCUUCGUUCUUUGUCGUGGGCGAAAACAUAUACAUGGCCCCGACCCUUGCAGACAUUUUGGCUUCGAGAAUUAUGACGAUAUCCUCAGCCAUUGCGAAAGCAUUGCCAGCCGCCGAAGCAGCCCGCAAAUGGCGUCCCUCCACAGGCCACGUAUACCAGCUCCCCGCAAGCCAACCCUCCACCCAACCCAAGCCACAAGAGCCCAAGGAGGAGAAUCCCGCCCUCGACGACACCGGCAAGCCAGUCUCGGCAGUAGCAAAGCACGAAGCCCCCUUCAUUGAUAGAGUUGCUGAAGAAUCCUUCAUGAUCCAUCUGAGAUACGGAGGCGAAUACAUCGACGAGAACCCCAUCACAGGCAAGCCGGGCGAGUUCCACCUCUCUUCCACGGGUCGCAAGCCGGUGCUGCCUCCGCAGGGCGCGGCUCCUACGGGCAUCAGCGCCAUGAGCGGGCCUCCCAUGUUGAAUACGAAGCUGGAUGAUAAAAAGGAUGGCAGGGCGGACAAGACGCCGAAAUCAGCCACGAUGCCUAAACUCAAGAGGAAGAAGAGCAAGAUGAGCCCGAGCGUGACUCCUGCGGCGACGCCUGGGGCUUCAUGA